UGACCCGGUUUGUAAACACCGGUCUGCCGGACUGGUUCACCUCAGGUUCAGGAAACAGGCAGCUAAAUAAAAUAAGACGAAUUUAAAAUCUUAUUUUUUAAUUUUCAUUGUGACUUCGGUUCACGGUUUUAUAUAUAGAAGUUUCUCAGAGUCGAUGAGUUCGUCACAAACGGAUCUCGUGUGGAUUCUGAGAAGUUUAAACACGCUACGACAGCUAAGCUAACGUUAGCCCGGGGCUACUGUUAGCAUCAUCAUCAUCAUCAUCAUCAUCAGAGUCACUCAUGGAUCAACAACAGUUGAUCAAAGUCACACAACAGUCGAAGUGAAUCAUCUCUGUGUCACCGAGAGUCUGCGGCGGCAGGAUGAUCUCUCAGGUCUUCAUCUUGUCCUCCAAGGGCGACCACCUCAUCUACAAGGACUUCCGCGGAGAAGCCGGAAGCGAUGUCGUCAGUAUUUUCUACGAGAUGGUCACUGCGCUGACGGGAGACCAGCCUCCGGUUGUCAUGAGUCACAAAGAUCUUCACUUCGUCCACGUCAGACAGGGGGGACUUUACUGGGUCGCCACGACAACCGCCGACUCCUCACCCUUCACCGUUGUCGAGUUCCUCAACAGGCUCACCGCUCUGGUGAAAGAUUACUGCGGCACUCUGUCGGAGAAGUCGGUGCAGAUGAACUUCGCCCUCAUCUACGAGCUGCUGGACGAGGUCGUGGACUAUGGUUACGUCCAGACGACGUCCUCUGACGUCUUGAAGAACUUCAUCCAGACCGAAGCCGUUUCCUCCAGACCAUUCAGCCUGUUCGACCUGAGCAACGUCGGCCUGUUCGGAGCAGAGACGCAGCAGAAUAAAGUGGCUCCGAGCUCUGCAUCCGCCAGACCCAUCCAAUCGAGCAGGGAGCAGGGAGGAAAGAGCGAGAUAUUUGUGGACGUGAUUGAGAGGAUGUCGGUCGUCAUCGGCUCCAACGGAGUUCUGAUGAAGGCCGACGUCCAGGGAGAGAUCAGAGUCAAGUGUUACAUGCCGAGCUGCUCAGAGAUGAGGAUUGGUCUGAACGAGGAGUUCAGCAUCGGCAAGUCACAGCUCAGAGGUUACGGGGCGGCCGUUCGGGUGGACGAGUGCAGCUUCCACCAGGCCGUCCGACUGGACGAGUUCGACAGCCACCGCAUCCUGCGCCUCUGUCCGAGUCAGGGAGAGCAAACGGUGAUGCAGUAUCAGCUGAGUGACAAUCUGCCCUCAGCUCCUCCUUUCCGUCUCUUCCCGACCAUCGAGAGAGACAACGGAGGAAGACUGCUGAUGUACAUGAAGCUUCGCUGUGAUCUGCCGCCAAAGACCGCUGCCAUCAACGUCUGUGCCUCCGUCCCGGUUCCCAAAGGCUCCGUGAGUCUGUCGCAGGAGCUCAGCAGUCCGGACCAGAGUGCCGAGCUGAAGCCGCAGAGCAGAGCUGUUGUCUGGGAGAUCCCUCGCUUCCCUGGAGGAACACAACUGUCUGCUCUGUUCAAGCUGGACGUCCCGGGCCUCAGCUCGGCCUCCAUGUUGGAGGUGGGUCCCGUCGGUCUGAGCUUCGAGCUGCCGAAGAUCACGGCCACGGGGCUGCAGGUCCGCUUCCUCCGCCUGUCGCCCGUCCAGCCCGGCCCGUCGCAGCGCUGGGUUCGAUACGUCACCCACUCGGACUCCUACACCAUUCGGGUUUAAAAAAAUAAACCUCGGAGAAGUGAAUGUUUUCUCGUCGGGUUUCACGAUGGAGCAGCGAGAACAUGACGUGUUUUACUGACUCAAGAUUCUGGGGAUGAGAGGAAGUGGAUACAAGAAAUCAUGUCAUGUUUUUCCAUUCAAAAUAAUUAAUGUGUAUCAGCAGUUUUAAUAUUUGUUGUAUUUAUUUAUUUUUAAGUGCCACUAACGUCUGUGCCACAUGUUUGGUUCUAUUUGAAAAAAACUGAACUUGAAUUAAAAUCUUAGUAAGAGUCGUACAUCUCUCCGUCUGACACCAGAACACGAUGAUCAGCCCAACAAAUUAAUAAACUCUUUUACAACUGCAA